AUGGGUACCUGGAGGGGUACUAUUAUCGCGUGGAAUGUGGAGACAGGGGAAAGAAUGAUCGACAGCGACAAAGGAUACGACUACACCAAGAUCCUUGAGAUCGAGGAUAUUCAAUUCUCUUCCUCCAGCCAGCUCAUGGGCGCUGUGACAGUGAGCAAAUCUGUCGAUAAACGAACGGACAUCGAGGUGUGGAAUAUGCAAACAGGGCACCUUGUGAAGAUGCCACAUAGUGUCGUGUUUCAAGACACACGUCUCCAAGACAAUCUCAACUUACUUGAAAGAGAACUGUGUCACAGCAGGAGGGAAGAGCGUCUUGAGAAUAAGACUUCUACAAAACAUGCCCGGCCUUCGCAGAAACACUGUAUUCAACUCGAUGAAGACUGGAUCAUCCUUGGGGAACAGAAGAGCAUAUGGCUACCACUAGAAUAUCGACCUGCUCAAGGUGUUUACAAACCUCACAAGAACUCAACCCGUGGCAUUUUCGGCGAUACACUUGCAAUUGGAUCUGCUAGCGGGCAGGUACUGUUUUCCGGGUUCAGUCCUGAUGGCUUGUCAGCUGAACAGUUGGCCGAACCGCUGGAAGAAUCUGAUGAUGAUGAAUUCUGA